AUGGCUUCAAGUGGCAGUGAGUGCUCGGGAAAAGCCGUCCAGUACCGGGUGGACCACCUGCUGAGCGCCGUGGAGAAUGAGCUGCAGGCCGGGAGCGAGAAAGGAGACCCAACCGAGAGGGAGCUGAAAGUGAGCCUGGAUGAGCUCGAGCUGUGGCAGAAGUUUCGAGAACUCACUAAUGAGAUGAUUGUAACCAAGAACGGCAGGCGCAUGUUCCCCGUGCUGAAAGUGAGUGUUUCCGGUUUGGACCCGAGCGCCAUGUAUUCGUUCCUGCUGGACUUCUCGGCGGCAGACUCGCACCGCUGGAAGUACGUGAACGGGGAGUGGGUGGCGGGAGGCAGACCCGAGCCGCGCGCCUCCAGCUGUGUGUACAUGCACCCGGACUCGCCAAAUUUCGGAGCACACUGGAUGAAGGCUCCAGUCUCCUUCAGCAGAGUCAAACUCACCAACAAACUCAACGGGGGAGGACAGGUCAUGCUGAACUCUUUACACAAAUACGAGCCGCGUAUCCACAUAGUACGUGUCGGAGGGCCACACAGAAUGAUCACCAGCCAUUCCUUCCCCGAAACCCAGUUCAUAGCAGUCACUGCAUACCAGAAUGAGGAAAUCACUGCACUCAAAAUCAAAUACAACCCCUUUGCCAAAGCUUUCCUAGAUGCCAAAGAAAAAGGUGAUCAUAAGGAAAUAAUGGAUGAAGUCAGCGAGAACCAACAGUCUGGAUAUGCACAAUGUAAUGGCUGGUUUCUGCCAGGAGGCGGAUCCCUCUGUCCUCCUACGAACUCUCACCCUCAGUUCGGUAGCGCUCUGCCUCUGCCAUCCUCUCACGGUUGUGAGCGUUACUCCACAUUGAGAAAUCAUCGUUCCUCACCUUACCCCAGCCCCUACCCUCACCGAACGACCUCCCCCACUGGUUACUCAGAAAACCCUUCAGCUUGUUUGUCUAUGCUGCCUGCCCAUGAGAGCUGGUCCAGUCAACAAAUGUCCUCUCACACCAGCAUGGUCCCUAUGGGCCAACACUCUCCCCCCAACUCCAACUCCAGUCAGUACACCAGUUUAUGGAGUGUAGGAAACACUCCACUGACUCCAGUGUCUCAGACAGGUGGAAUGGCGAGCAGCUUGGGCUCCCAGUACCUCCGUGGCUCUGCCAAUCAUUAUUCCAGCCUGUCCCACCCGGCUACAGUGCCCAAUCCUGGAUCUCCGCUCUAUGACGGCACGCAGGCCACUGAAUUGCACAACGCAUCUCCUUACGAGAGCGCCACCCACGUGCGGCUGGCUGCAGCCUGGACACCCAUCACACCUCCUUCCUUAUAG